AUGCUAUCGGCGGUCAUCCGUCAAUUCUAUGCAGCUGCAUGAACAACUGGCUGGACCGGAAUGCCGUUCUUGUAGGAAUUGACCUCUCAUCGUUGUCCAGCGUGUCAAAAUCUGGAGCACCGAAUCAGCUGCUCAUAAACGCUAAGGUUGAAUGAGUUUAAAGUGAGGGGAAGCCCCCGAGCCCGUGCCUGGAAUACUAAACUGAGUUUCCCACUGCCCUGCCAUGGAGGUGCGCCUCCGGUCCGCCUUACCCGCCCGCCUGCACUCUACGUAAGCUUUCCAGGGGCGAGGGAGUUACUGUUCACCGAGCGUGCGUGCGCAAACUUGCUUUGCCGCUCCCCAGUUCCAGUUAUCUGGGACACUUUCCUUUGACUACCUUUUUCCCUCUUCCAUCACCCUCUACCCGCCAAACAAACCCGUCGCCAGCAGGUUUUGGAGAUUGAAGCCGUUUCUCUCCAAAGAUGCCACUGCCAAUCGCGGCCAAAGUCAGCAUAGCUGCUGUCGGCGUAGCUGCAGCCGUAGCUGUAGCUAUCUAUGAAAGCCCCGAGGUCCGCCGCGUAGCCGAGGACCUACGUAGACGCAUCGCCAUCGCCCUCCGCUCUCUCGGUGACGACUUCGACCCAGACAACCGACAGCCCCGUUUCAACCGCCCAGAAGACGCUCACGGAUUCUACGAAUCUCACAAUGUUGAUGCUGACGACGAAACGCGGAGGAGACAACGAGAGGAACUGAUGUAUUGGAACGCUCGCCGGAACGAACAACAGUCACAAUCGGCCGAAUCGCCCACUCCUCGCCUUCCUACCUUUGACGACUUCUUACGGCCUGACAACUCUGGUGAACGCGGUACUUUGGUUUACAACACUGGUGCCAACCCAGCGAAUGAUUCAAACAAUGUGGUUAGACGCCGUGGCAACCUCGAAGGCGUGCGCGGACUGAAUGCUGCAAUGGUUUACAACCCCUUUGCUGAUGAGCACGGUAUCGAAUUGGAAGAGCGCCCUCACAUCGACGAGACGGAAGCCGCCAAUUUGUUAAAGCCCGAUCAUGACGAAACCGUAUCCGAUAUCUAUGCCGCUACUCCCCGCACCCAGAGCCCUGAGCCCGCGCAAAAGGCUGUUGCUGCUACCAACCCUGAAGUUCUCUUUGAUUUCGACUCGCAAUCCAACGAUACCAGCCUCCGUGAUCAGUUUCCUGACGCCUAUGAGAAGACCGAGGAUGGGACUCACACUCCCACCACCCGCAGCGAGACCAUCGGCCGCGAGGAGGAGCAAGACAUGUCUGCCAGCUACAGCAGCACCCAGUCUGAUGCCUAUGCCUCGAUUCAGGCGUGGGCUCAGUCCAACACUGGGUUUUACUCGCCUCUGCCUGUUACGCCUGAACCACCGAUGUCUGAUGGGGAGUACCUCAGCCAAGGACAGAGAACGCCUAGCGAUGACACUGCCUCUAUCGCUGAAUCUGGCGUUGAUGUCAACUUUGAUGCUGCUUCCUCCAAGGAUGGGGACUAUGGCGUCAUGAGCGAUAGUGACGAUGGGAUCGCCACUCCUGGUAGCUGGUCCGAGGUUGGCAGUGUGAUUAGCGAGACUGAGAGCGUUGCUCGGGCUUAGAGGAGGCGCGGUUGAUGUGCUUGAUGAUGUUUAUACGGGGUCUAUGGAUGUAUACCCGCGAUACCACCGACCAUUUCUUCCUGUUUUGGGUUUGCAUUAUAUAUGUUUGGUGUUUUGGGCGUUGGGAACGGUUUUCAUAACAGGGAAAUGGGUUGUCAGGCUUGGGUGUUCUUGUUAGGGGUGACUAUAGGCCCGUGCUAUCUUUUUUGAGAAAUAUAGCAGAAUAUUGCCAAA